AUGGUGAAAAUCUCCGUGCUGCAACAUGCACCAGCUGCACAUUUACCAAGUCGACCUGGAGACCCGACCCCCACAUCCCGAAACCUAGACCCAUUAUUGCACCCAUUUUCCCGCGCGCGAGAGCGUAUGCGAGCUCUCAAUGCCGCCAAGAUGGAGCGCAUCUUCGCCAAACCCUUUGUGGCCGCUCUAGAGGGCCAUGUCGAUGCAGUUGAAACUAUGGCGAGGAAGCCGGAAAGUCUGGACAUGGUUGCGAGCGGAAGCUGGGACGGAGGGCUUAUUUUGCACGAUAUAUCACGGCGAACUCGAGUCUUGCAUGUGGAGGGAGCCCAUAAAGGCAAAGUCUCCGGAGUAUGUUUUGCUGGCAAAGAUAGACUGCUGAGCUGCGGGGUCGACCGGAAUGUCAAACUUUGGAAUAUUCAGCAGUCAACAGACGACGUUGAUGACGAUGGCGCAGGACCUUCAGUUAAGCGGAAACCUCUAAAUAUUUUCCCCGGCAAGGCAGCAUUCAACUCGGUAGACCACCAUCGCUCCGACCCCCUGUUUGCAACCGCCUCCAACCUGGUCCAAAUUUGGGACGAAACAAGGAAGGCGGCGAUAUCAGAUCUUACGUUCCCCACGUCCACGGAGACGAUAUCCGCCGUACGCUUCAAUCUGUCCGAGUCGUCUGUUCUUGCUAGUAUCGGUUCAGACCGCACAUUCACCCUGUACGACAUUCGUACCGGAAAAGCAGAACGCAGAGUCGUCAUGCAGAUGAGCAGUAAUUCAUUAUCGUGGUCGCCGACGUUCCCUACCGUACUUCUUCUCGCUUCUGAAGAUCAUAACCUAUACACCUUUGAUAUACGCUCUUUGAGAACACCCACCCAAAUCUAUAAAGCUCACGUUGCGGCCGUGAUGAGCUGCGACUGGAGCCCAACUGGUACCGAGCUAGUCAGUGGGGGUUGGGACCGGACGGUCCGAAUAUGGAAAGAAGGUGUGGGUACCGCACCAGAGGUGUAUCACACAAAGCGGAUGCAGAGAGUGACGUCUACACUUUACACGGCCGAUGCGCGAUUUGUACUGUCAGGAUCGGACGAUGGCAACGUGCGUAUCUGGAAGGCACAUGCGUCAGAGAAGCUUGGAAUCAUCACAGCGCGAGAACGAUCAGCGAUAGAGUACCGCGAGAGCCUCAAGGAGCGAUGGAAGAUGGAUGCUGAGGUUGGCAAAGUCCAACGGAGUCGCCACAUACCGAAGCCUGUGCACAAAGCUGGGCAGCUCAAGCGCACAAUGCUCGAAGCACGGCGGGUCAAGGAGGAGCGGAGGAGAAAACACUCGCGAGCCGGGGAGAACAAGCCGAAGGCGGAGAGGAAAAAGCUUGUCAUUGCGGAACAGACGUAG